CUAUUGGGCUUGCUUUUUAUAAUCUAAGGAAGCUUUCACUAAUCCGGUUAUGUUCGGUUUAGUUUGAUUGAACCUUUCACUGAAAAAGCAAAUCGUUGACUCUUUUGCUGGGAGAGUCAGAGAGAAGAGAGGCUUCUUGGUUUUGGGGGCAAGGUCGUCGUGGAUGUUCUAGAAUGGCGGGAGGAUCUGAGAGGAAGACGAUACUGGUGGGUUUGGUUCUUCCUCUUCUUCUUGGUAUCGCUGUUUACUUGAGGCUUUGGACUAUCGAUUAUACUCUGUCUUCAGAUGACACUGAACGCUUAAGGAAACAGUUUGAUUUGGCUAAUAGAGAAGCAAUGGAUGAAUCUGCAGACUGGAGGAGGAGAAUGUUUGAUAAGGAAGCUGAGAAAGCUUCUAAAUGUACAACAGAGCUCGCCAUGAUCAAAGAGUCAUCUGGGAAUGGAAACGGUAAUCAAAAGCUGGAGUCAUUACAAAAGGAUAAUGCGGCAUUGCUCAUUCAGAUAGAGACAUUAAAACAAGAGCUUGAAGCUUCCCGGUUAAAGUGUCGCUCACGACAGGCACCCCGUUAGAAUAAUCUUCAUGAUAAGCCACUGGUAAGAAAAAUACUGGAUUGUCAUAGACGUUUCAUAGGCUCUUUCCUGGAAUAGUUUUCCAAAGCAGCAGUACUAUACAACAACACCAACCUUAUAACCUUGUAUUGAUAAAUCAACUUUUGAAAUUUAGCUCUCAGGUCCUUUCACUGAAUUCAUGUUGUAACUCCAAAUGUUUAUUUUGAUCCUCAUGUUAAUGAAUACUAACUAGAUAGGCGAAGAGCUGCACUUUUA